AUGUCUUCGUCUGAGACUGAAUUGUCGGAAGUGUCCAAAACUCCCACACCGCCCCAUCAUGAACUCGAGAACUCUCUACGGCGCGCAGUCAUCAAGGCGCAGAAAGAUGAAGUUGACUUCUCUUACAAGUAUAUACGCACAGCCGCGGAAGGGGAGUUAGGGUUGACGCCCGGUUUCUUCAAGAGCCACGAGAAGUGGAAUCAACUGAGCAAACAGGUCAUUGAGGAGCAGAUGGAAGCCGGACCAGAGUCUCACAGCCCUCCUCCGAAGCCCAAGGCUGCAGAAUCAAGAAAUAAACCGGCAAAGCGCAAAUCUGCCGAGAGAGAACCUGCGCCGAAGAAGAGGCAGAAGAUCACGAAGCAAGCCGUUGACCCGGAUGGCUCUGAAGAUUUGUCGUCACCUCCAAGCGGCCUUGCUUCAGAAUUUGAGGAGGGAGAAGACGAGCAGCCCAAGAAGAAGCAACGAAACGCUCCAGCGAAGGCUCGCGCGACUAAGUCGAAGCCUGUGAAGGGCAGGAAUAUCAAGGCUGCAAUAUCCGAGGACGAGGAAGACGACAAGGAGGAGGACGAAAAUGGUGCUACCAAAGCGGAUUCACCUGAAGCUGCAGUAGAGACCAGACCGGCUGGCAAACCGGCUGAUGCCGACGCCUCGGACAGCGAGCUGUCAGUGCUCAUAGACGAGAAACCUCCGCCCAAGAAGCGCAAACAGAAAGACUCAUCCGGCUCGAAACCCAACAAGACCACGACCAAAUCCUCCACAAAGGCUAAACCUGAGGCAGAAGAUCCCGACCAAGCCGAGAUCAAGCGCCUCCAAGGCUGGCUGGUGAAAUGCGGCAUCCGGAAGCUCUGGGGCAAAGAGCUCAAACCCUACGAAACUCCCAAAGCCAAGAUCAAGCACCUGAAAAGUAUGCUCGCCGACGUUGGCAUGACUGGUCGAUAUUCCCUUGAAAAGGCCAACCAGAUCAAGGAGGCGAGAGAACUGGCAGCCGAUAUCGAAGCGGUGCAAGAGGGUGCAGAACGAUGGGGAGCUGUAGAGGACGAGGAUGGUGGUCGAGGUGAGAAAGACGUCGACUCCAGGCCACAACCCGGUGCGAGGAGGUUGGUCCGAGGCGCGCGGAACUACGACUUUCUAAGCAGUGAUGGCGAAGAGACCGACUGA